AUGAACACCUUACCAAAUCCAGUGGCGGCCACGGCCAAGAUUCCCCUGCUUUCGGGACCCAGGUACGAGUUUGCCAAGGCUCUGCAGAAAAAGGCGUCGUACUUUGAGCUGGCCCUGUUGUUUGACCCGAUGUUGGUCGAGCACUUGCGAGUCAGAAGGGCCAGCGGUCACAUCGACCUUGACGACUGUUGCCCUCUCUUUAAGGACGCAAAGCGCGGCCGGGGAGACAUGUUCCAGCUGUUUUACUCCAUCCCGAGGGAAGUCCUCGAGGCGGUUGUGCUUGGCACGGUCGCCUACGAUGAUGCAGGCACUAUACGUGUUGCAGGAUCAGGGGGCAUGAGCUACAGUCUGGACGGCUGUGGAGUUUAUGUCGUCGGGAUUUCCCUUGAGGGGAAGCAAGGCGCGUUCCUGAAUGGAAACGAACUGGUCACAUUUGUGCAUAAUCUGACAAAGUACAUUGCCGGAUGCGAGUUGUGGACACAAGUGAAAAACAACCUCAACAUGGCCGCGCCGCUGUCGCGCCAACAGCAAGACAAGAUCGAUUUCAUACUCGAGGUGGAGAAUACCUACGGAACGUGGGAUCACAAGGCAGAGGGCAACCUGAGGUUCUGCUACAAGGACAAGUCUUUUUCCAGGGUCAAACAUUUGUUGCGGUCUUUCAGAGACAGAGCCAAAGAAGCAAUGCGGCUUGACCCAACAGGGCGCACAAGGACAAUUCAGUCGCCGCUGUACGUGGGCUGCAGCAACAACUUGAAACAGCGCGUGGACGCCUACGUGCCCAAGGCAGGCAACAAGUCCACCUUUGCCAAGGCAAACGACUUUUAUGCCCUGACAAUGAGCCUGCUCAAGAUGCAGGGCUUCAACCCCAUCCAGAGGGUCGUCUGUGCCAUUCGGACGUGGAAGCAAUCUCAACUGAGCCUUGCCGAGAUGCUGGUUGGCGCUCUGGGCAACUGCUACGUGACACAGGACGGGUUCAACAACAAGAAGACCGGUCAGACAGCCGAGAUUGGCGCGGGGAGCGUGGCCAUGGCCAAAGACUUGGUCUUUGUGAAAAGGCAUUUUCUGAAAGAUAACGUGAAGGGGUCGCUAGUUGACGUCAAAGCCCGUCAAAAGGCGCAUGACCAAAUGCGCACUCUGGAACCACUGACCAGGCGCGAGAUCAACAGAGAGGCAGAGACGAUCCAAGACGGCGCCAGCGCGCUGUGUCAAAGUGCGGCUGAUGGUAUGAAUGAAAUGGGCCUGCUCCAGGACAAGUGCAAUAAUAUGCGAGAGCUCCUCGAGUGGAUAAAUGCCAAAACCAAACAAAAGAAGGAGGAGUAUGAACUUCUCGGGAUCCUAACCAGCAAGUCUGGCGUUGUAGCAUGUUCUGAUGAAGAGUCGAGUCAGACAUGA